AUGUCAAACCACUCAACAACAUUCCAGUUCAAAGAGGGGCCUGACGUAUUUUCCCCGAAGGAUCUCGUAGAGCUAGGCCGACCUGGCACUGGUGUGGCCAAUCCAGCAGGCGACCUCGUACUAGUUUCUCACAACAAGUUCUCUUUCGAAGAUAAAAAGAACAAUAAGACUAUAUUCAUCACGCCCGUGAAGUCUACAGUGGAACCUUUAGAACUCCCGCUGGCGAAGAGCGGCGAAGCUUUCUGGCUUACUCGAUCUACCCUUGCCCAUGUUAUUGAAGGCGAGGACAAGACAUUGGAAUUAUACACUAUCAAUGUUAAUUAUCACGCUCCUGCUCUCAACGAAGCUGGUGGGUUGACGGCAGAAUCGCCAAAGCUAGUCGGGAGCUUCCCCACCAACAGCGCGACGAAUUUCCGGUACUCAGCUCAAGCUCGUCGACUGGUCUUCUCAGAUUAUGUAUACAGCGACGGAAAGCUCGAGAACGUUAAGGACAAUGACAAGGCUUACGAAGAACGCGGUACUACUGCCAUGGUUUAUGAUCAUACAUAUGUUCGACACUGGGAUACUUGGGUGGGACCCAAAUCUUCAUCUCUUUUCAGUGUAGGAUUGUGGAAGGACCCGGUUGGAGACUGGAACUUUGAACACAACUUCGUGAAUCUUCUAGAGGGAACUGGCCAUAGCUCACCCGUGGAACCAUUCGGUGGAACUGACGAUUUCGACGUCUCUGGCGAGCUGUUGAUUUACACCACCAUAGCUCCAGAAACAUCAGAUGCCUGGCACACAAAACAAAAUAUAUACGUCGUGGAUAUCGCCGGUGGGAAGAAACCUCGGGAACUUACUUCGGGCAAACAAGGUGCUACCCACAGCCCAAUUUUUAACCACGAUGGUACGAAGGCGGCUUGGCUGGAACUAGCCCAUGAUGGCUAUGAGUCCGACCGCGCAACAAUUGUCAUCUACGAUCUUGAGAAGAACGUUAGGUUUACUUUGACUCAGAACUGGGAUCGCUCUCCAGGCGAGCUUGCAUUCUCCACGGACGGAAAUCUCAUCUUCUUUACCGCAGGUGACCGAGCACGAGUCAAGGUUUUCGUUCUUCCUAUCCCCUCGACCCCUUCACAUUCAACCACGGAUCCAGACCUCCCGCCCAAAUACGUCAACCCAGUCGCGAUAACAGAGGAUGGUGCAGCUUCUGGGCUACAACCCCUCCCUGAUGGAGGACUGGUGUUUACGAAGUCGUCUCUUAUCUCCCCGAACGACGUCUUCCAUGUUAGCGGUCUUCGAGGAUUAUUGGCAGAAAUUGAGCAGAACGAUUCACCUGUCAAGUUCAAGGGAGAGAUACAACAGCUUACCCGGUUCACAGCCGAAGCGCUCAAGAACAAAAAUUUGGGCAAAGGAGAGGAUUUCUGGUUCAAAGGCGCAGGUGAUCGUGACGUUCAGGGCUGGUUUAUCAAGCCCAAAGGAUGGAAGGAAGGUGAAAACAAGAAAUGGCCCGUGGUAUUGCUUAUUCACGGAGGCCCCCAAAGCGCCUGGGAGGAUCAGUGGUCCACUCGUUGGAAUCCUAACGUUUUUGCUCAGCAAGGCUACUUCACGGUCUUCAUCAACCCAACAGGCAGCACGACCUUUGGUCAAGAUUUCACCGACGCUAUUGCGGGCGACUGGGGUGGUAAACCAUUCGUUGAUCUAAUUGCUGGAUGGAAGUAUAUUUUGGAAAAGUACCCGGAGAUUGACGCCGAUAGAGCGGUUGCAGCCGGUGCGAGCUGGGGUGGAUAUGCUAUAAACUGGAUUCAAGGGCACCCUGAAUUUGGUUUUGGUUUCAAGGCUCUCGUGUGCCAUGAUGGCGUCUUUGAUUCGAAUUACAACGGUUACUCCACUGAUGAACUUUUCUUCUUCAUUCACGACUGGAACGGAAGACCAUGGGACAAGGGAAGUGAAGAGCUGUCAAAAAUAUAUAGCCCUUCAAACUACGUCAAGAACUGGUCGACCCCUCAACUUUUGAUUCAUGGAAGCAAGGAUUAUCGUCUCCCUGAGACUGAGAGCAUAGGUGCUUUCCACGCUUUACAACAAUUGGGCAUUCCGAGUCGUCUUGUUGUCUUCCCAGAUGAAAACCACUGGGUUCUUGAUCAUGGCAACAGCCUCAAAUGGCACCAUGAGGUGUUCAGAUGGUUUGAUCUGUUCGUGGGCAAGGCCGAAUCCGAGUCCAAGUGA